AUGACCGGCGCCACUGGCCACGUGGAAUCUGUCGGCGAUAAGAAGCUCAAAUCCCUCGGUGCUCAGGCAGUCAGGGGUGACCUCCACGUCGUAGAUGUUCUGCGUCGAGAGGCCGCCCAAGCCGACAUCGUCAUGCACUUCGCCGACAGCUUCCUCGACCAAUCCAAACCGAAGGAAUACGCACAAGCCAUCAGGAGCGACGCCGCUGCCGUGGACGCCCUGGCAGAGCCUCUCAGGGGUACCGAUAAGACGUUGCUCGUCACUUCCAGCACCCUAGUCGUCGCACCAGACAACGGCAAGGAGACCAACGAGGAUUCUCCCGCAGACCCUCGAGGACCCCUUCGUCGAGCGCAUCCGCUCCGCUCCGAGCGCCACGCCGUGACCUGGGCGGAAAAGGGGCGUCAAGGUCAUCUGUGUCCGUCUCGCACCCUACGUCUACGGCCACGGCCGCAGCGGUGUCUAGGUACAUGUGUCCUGGCCGGGACUCUGCAGGGAAAGCAAGCCAAGCCGUCUACAUCGACGACGGCCACUGGCCGAGUUCGACCGUCCAUGUCGACCGACGAUGCCGCACGUCUGUACCUGCUCGCCGCCAGGAACGCCAACAAGGGCGAUGUCGUCAACGCCACCGGCCAGACGGAGCUGACGGCGAGGCAGUUGGCCAACGCUUUUGCUGCUGCUUGCUACGUCCCGGCCGUCUCCAUCGCGGAAGAGUAG